GUGCGCGCUGGCAUUUGACGUGCGGCCGUCGUCCGUCAGAGCUAGUCGACGGUUGCAAAUGGCGACAGCCACGAAGUCUCUGGCACGGGCUCGCGAAUAGUUCCACGCCUACCGUGCGCCCCGCGACCGAGCCGUGCGUGCAACGCAACCUCAGGUCAGAUCGGUAGCUUUAAACAAAACGAGGCAAAAUGCCAGCCGUCAGAGGAGAUGGCAUGCGUGGAUUGGCGGUGUUCAUAUCGGAUAUCAGGAACUGUAAAAGUAAAGAGGCCGAAAUCAAGAGAAUUAAUAAGGAAUUAGCGAAUAUUCGCAGUAAAUUUAAAGGAGACAAAACACUUGAUGGAUACCAGAAGAAGAAAUAUGUGUGUAAGCUGCUGUUUAUUUUUCUCCUUGGCCACGACAUCGAUUUCGGGCAUAUGGAGGCCGUCAAUUUGUUGUCGUCGAAUAAGUAUUCGGAAAAACAAAUUGGUUACCUUUUCAUAUCGGUCUUGGUGAAUACAAACAGUGACUUGAUCAAGUUGAUCAUACAAAGCAUAAAGAAUGAUCUCGCUUCGCGCAAUCCAAUUCACGUAAACUUGGCAUUGCAGUGCAUUGCUAAUAUCGGUAGUAAGGAGAUGGCAGAGGCUUUCGGCAAUGAAAUCCCGAAACUACUUGUUUCAGGAGAUACUAUGGACGUUGUAAAGCAAAGCGCCGCGCUAUGCCUGUUGCGGCUACUGCGAACUGCCCCUGACGUUGUACCCGGAGGCGAGUGGACGUCUCGCAUAGUCCAUUUGUUAAACGACCAACAUUUGGGUGUCGUCACGGCCGCGGCGUCGCUCAUAGAUGCUCUUGUAAAGAGAAAUCCUGAGGAAUACAAAGGCUGCGUCAGUCUCGCAGUUUCAAGAUUAAGUAGAAUUGUCACAUCGAGUUAUACAGAUCUGCAGGAUUACACGUAUUACUUUGUACCAGCUCCGUGGUUAUCCGUUAAGUUGCUGCGUUUACUGCAGAACUAUACGCCUCCAGCCGAAGAUCCGGGUGUAAGGGGCAGAUUAAACGAGUGUCUAGAAACAAUACUAAACAAAGCUCAAGAACCACCAAAGUCAAAGAAAGUGCAGCAUUCAAACGCGAAGAACGCUGUGCUUUUCGAAGCCAUUAGUUUAAUUAUCCACAACGAUAGCGAGCCAAAUCUCUUAGUACGUGCAUGCAACCAACUCGGUCAGUUCUUGUCGAAUCGCGAGACCAACUUGCGAUAUUUGGCGCUCGAGUCAAUGUGCCAUUUGGCCACUUCGGAAUUCUCGCACGAAGCCGUGAAGAAACAUCAAGAAGUGGUCAUAUUGUCAAUGAAGAUGGAGAAGGAUGUCUCAGUGCGACAGCAAGCAGUGGACCUAUUGUACGCCAUGUGUGAUAAGAGUAAUGCUGAGGAAAUAGUUCAGGAAAUGUUAAACUACUUGGAAACUGCUGACUACUCGAUCAGAGAAGAGAUGGUCCUCAAGGUCGCGAUUCUAGCCGAGAAAUACGCGACUGAUUACACCUGGUAUGUUGAUGUCAUCCUAAAUCUAAUUAGGAUAGCAGGUGAUUAUGUAUCCGAGGAAGUCUGGUAUCGAGUUAUCCAAAUCGUUAUCAAUCGAGACGACGUUCAAGGUUACGCCGCCAAAACCGUUUUUGAGGCGCUGCAAGCACCCGCUUGUCAUGAAAAUAUGGUUAAAGUCGGUGGUUACAUCCUUGGAGAAUUCGGUAAUCUCAUUGCCGGCGAUCAACGGUCUUCUCCAGCUGUUCAAUUUCAACUCUUACAUUCCAAAUAUCACCUCUGCUCUCCUAUGACUCGGGCAUUGUUGCUUUCGACGUACAUCAAGUUUGUGAAUCUGUUCCCUGAAAUUCGAAGUCAAAUACAAGAUGUCUUCAGGCAGCACAGUAAUCUACGUAGCGCGGACGCCGAAUUACAACAGAGAGCGUCAGAAUACUUACAACUAAGUAUCAUCGCCUCGACCGAUGUUCUGGCUACCGUGUUGGAGGAGAUGCCAGCGUUCCCUGAGAGGGAGUCCUCUAUCCUUGCAGUCUUGAAGAAGAAGAAGCCGGGUCGAGUGCCAGAGAAUGAAAUUAGGGAGAGCAAGAGUCCAGCGCCAAAUACCAAUCAUCACGCUGAAGCUCCCGCUGCUACAGCAACCGUGACUGUUAAUAAUACCUCUGCUGAUCUGCUAGGAUUGUCAACUCCACCCUCCUCUCAACCGACUAGCAACACAGGCGUAUUGCUUGAUGUUUUGGGAGAUAUUUACAAUAUGGCAAACAAAGUCGGUACUACUAACGGCGCCCAAAACACAUAUAAUCCUAAAAAGUUUGUUUGUAAGAACAAUGGUGUUCUGUUUGAGAAUGAUUUGAUACAAAUCGGUGUGAAAUCUGAGUUUAGACAAAAUCUCGGACGCGUCGGUCUUUUUUACGGGAACAAAACGCAGUUCGCAUUACACAGUUUUCAACCGCAACUCUCUUGGACGGAAGAGAAUCAGGCUAAGUUAGCUGUACAAGUGAAGCCGAUCGAUUCCGUAUUGGAAGCUGGCGCACAGAUCCAGCAGAUGAUCAACGCGGAAUGUAUUGACGAUUACAGCGAUGCGCCGAGUAUGCUUAUCUCUUUCAUGUACAAUAAUGUGCCACAAAAAAUCACUAUGAAGUUACCAUUAACAAUUAAUAAGUUCUUCGAGCCGACGGAAAUGAACGGGGAAUCGUUCUUCGCAAGAUGGAAAAAUCUUGGCGGAGCGAAUCAACAACGCUCGCAAAAGAUCUUCAAGGCGCAACAACCGAUGGAUCUAACGCAAGUACGUACGAAAUUGCAAGGUUUCGGGAUGCAAUUACUCGACGGCAUUGACCCGAAUCCCGAUAACUUCGUUUGCGCCGGAAUUGUUCAUAUGAGGGCGCAACAAGUAGGUUGCCUGUUGCGCCUAGAACCUAAUAAACAAGCGCAGAUGUUCCGCUUAACGGUGCGCUCAAGUAAAGAAUCUAUGUCGGUAGAGAUCUGUGACCUGCUGGUGGAUCAAUUUUAAGCGGCCUAGCAGGCGUGAAUGUUGACAAGAAAUAAAUAUCACGUCGUGAGGGGAUACAUUGUUACUAUGGGAGGGUGUCAUCUCGCGUCGAUCGAAAAGAUACUGAAGAUUAUUUGUUAAGAGAUAUUCGCGCGUUGUACCCAAGCUUACACUCACGACGCUCUUAUGAGAACUAUAUCCUCGUAUAGGUAGUUCCGUGUCACCGUGUAUCAGUUCUGUCGAGGAAGGCAUAAAGGUUUGAAAAUCAGGAUCACCGAAGUCGGUCACGUGCGGAAAGAACGAAGGACAUAAAGUGGCUAUGAUAGACAGUAUUAUUGCAUAAUCGGGGAUAGUAAAGGGGCGGAUUUACUUCAACGGAUCCGCGCAUCUUAUAUUGCAUGUUUACGUGAAUAAGUGUGACGCGGGGAAAGAAAAGGAGAGAGAGAAGAAACUAGAUACCUUAGCUGAGCAUGUACGUACAUUAUAGAACCACUCGAGCCGCAUUACAGAAACAAAGCAUAUAUUUUUAUUGGGUUUUACACGAGUUUCCUUCUUUAUUAUUACGAUCGAUACAAUUCGUAAUAUCGGUAAGAUACUGUCAGGUCGUCGAGGGUGAGACAUCUCUUUGUACGUGAACGCCUCAUUGUGAACAUCUUCUCAUAGCCUAUGUUGUGAUUUUCGUUCAGUUUCGCUAGUUGUAUUAGCAUUGAUACUUCGCCAUAAGAUUGCCGCGUGAACGAGAGUAGAUUUGGGCACAAUGACAAUAGUUGUAUGAUAUUAGCUGUUUAUCAUAAAUAUCUUUAUACAUCCUGAGCUCGAAGUUCUAUCCCAACACUUUCAUGUUUUUCACAUUUCAAAACUAACAAAAGAAAUUAUUGAUAAACAUCGAUCCUAAAAUUAUCAUUUUCUAAAAUCAGCACUACAUGUUUACAUUUACGUGUUUAAGGUAUUACUUCAUAGCGAAUGUUUGAAAUGAUAAGAUAUACACAUUGACGUGUCGCGCGUAUCAGUGAUUGUACGAUCAAAUAUUCCAGACUAUUUUUUUUAUGACAUUGUAUUUUGUAUACGUUACUGUAAUUUUUUGUUGUUGAAUUCUGUGUCGAAAUGUGGAAAAAAAGUAUACUCUGAAAUUGAUUAAUGUUAUAAUCGUAAUCAUUAUAAUAUAAUUUAUUGAUAAUAUUUAUUAUUUAUAUAGUUCACAUGCUAUAAAUAAAUAUAACUGUAUUUUAAAAAGCGAUGACUGUAAGAGGUAUGUUUAAUGAAACUUUUGUUAGUUUUGAAGUGUAGGAUACGUUUGUAAAUUUUGUGAUAGGACUUUGAACCCACUCUGUAUAUUUAAUGGAGCUGCAAAUUAAUUAUUGUAUAAUUAGUAGUUUAUAUUUAAUUGCUCCCUGUCACGAACUUGAGUUUAAGAACAAUUUUCUAGAUUUCUAUAUCGUCGAUGUUAAUGUAUGAGUCCAUGGCUGAUCAUUCCCACAUUUAUGAAACAAAAUUCCACGUAGAGUACGUUGUAUACUCUCGAUACAUCGUUGAUUGAAGUCUAAAUGUUUACGAGUUAACGGUUUGUAACAGUAGAGAUGCGUUUUAUCGUCUCCAGAAUCUUACGUAAGAUGUAUAUUUCAGUAGAGUAUCCUGUACAGGCAACAUCGCGAUGAAAUCAAUACGUUAAAACUUCGCGGAAUGUGUUUUAUAAUAUUAACGAUGGAAAGAGCAGCUCUAAGUAUGAUUUAAAUGUCGCUUUACAACGAUCGGCGAUGCGUCACCGAUUUUGUGAGGCUUCACGUAUAAUUGUACAUAUGAAAUUUGAAUUAAUUACAAAUGGCUAUAAACAUUCACGAUACACGCAGAUUGCACUACUCGUAGUCAUUACAAGCUCAAAUUGUUUUCUUACUCAUCACUUAUGCUUUAUUAUUCAGGGAACUAAGAUGUAUAUUUUUCAUAUUCGCGUAUAAUGUAAAUCUAUGUCUAAUGACCCUAUUAUAUUCCUCCUUCCCUUAGAUUAUGUAUAUUAGUCGUAUUUUAAUUAGUAUGGGUCGAGAGAACACGGCGAUAUCAGUUUUUUACUUCUCGAUUUACUGUGCAUAUUAAGAUUUUGUUAUUACUUUUCUUCCUCCUCCUCUUUUUUAAGAUUCUACUCUAUUUUAUGAUACAAGACGAGAUGCCAAUCAUUUGGAUAUUUUAUCGUUAGAUAUAAAAUUGUAAUCGUUGAAUCAUAAGCAAUGUAAAGGAAA